UUGUAUUGCGAUCGAGAAGAGAAGUGAUUUAGAAAAGUUUCUAUUAUUGUUUGCACUUUCAUAUUCCUGUUAUUCCAUGGUCCAGUUACUUAGAAAUAUUGCUGAUUAUUUUUAUAUAAGAAUGAAACUGUGAAGUGCACUAUAUUGCUCGGGUGAUUUAUGAGAUUUCUCUUAAAAUGGCUACCGUAUUCGAUAGUCCAUUUAUCAGACAACGUUUACAUCGGUUACGGCAUAGAGACUUCGAUUUAGAUGAAGAGCAGAGGUUCGGCAGAUGUGACUGCACCAGUUAUUCGUAUUUCGUGCUUUCUAUGGUCCUUUUUUCUGUCGGAACAGUUAUAACAGUCCUUGCACUGGGAGAUGCCGAUGGUUACAUCUUGAGUAACUUAGGACACAUGUGGCUAGUGGGACCAAUAUUUAUAUGUUCUGGAAUGAUGGUGGCCGUGAAGAGUAUGUUAUAUCUGCGGAGAAAAAGUGUGAUACAAAUGCUGCUUCACCAACGUGCAAUAAUUAGGGACAUGGCAGCAGUUCAAGCCGAACAAUCUUACAGCAGUCAGGUCCCCAGAACAGCAUCCAGCGCCACCCUACCUCCGUCCUACGACGCCUUAAUAUCAAGCGCUGCCCCGAGCAAACCGCAACCAUCAAGCUCUGAACCUCCUCCGCCUACUUAUGACGAAGCAAUGUGCCUCAUUGGUGAUGGGAAAAUAGCGGAACGAAAUGACGAAGCCAAGGAGGAGACUAGCAAUCAAACUAAUGACGGCGCCAAACCAUGAGGCAGGCUUGCAUUUGUAAUAUUUGUUACUUCUAGCAGAGACUAGUUAAUAAUGACUGCUAAUUUCCAUACAUUUUCUAUUACCCUUAAUUUUACAGUGUUGGGACACAACCUCUAACCCUCUUAUUGCAUUUUAUCCAGGAUUCAUUCUUUUUUAUUCUUGAGGAGGUUUACAUUCACUAACUUGACUUUUGUGCAAAAUUAAGGGCUGAACUUUCUGCAUGGUGCAUCCACACCGCAGUUAAAGCGGAACAUUACUGUAUGACAUGGCAACAUUCAGGUAACUUACUUACUGUUGCAGUGUUGCUCCACAGUCACAGGGCGGACACGCUAUACAUCAAAAAUCACUUGCGUUUCUAUGUGUGAACGGCACGUCUGUACACGCGUCGUGCGUCAUAGUGUGAGUAAGUUGCUUAAAAAUAGUACUGAGCGGCCGGCAAACGGCCGUCAAUCUGGUACGCGUCGCGCGUCGAGGUAAUUCGAGUCGGGGCGGGGCGGUGCGUGGCCGUUCUGUUCUGUAUGAUAAUACUAUUACUUAUUCUGUGCCACAGUAGCUCCAUAAAAUUUAACUGCAGUAUGGAUGCACCUUAGACUAACACCAUUUUGGAGCAUUGCAUUUUGUAUGGAAAUUAGUUAUCUUUACCAUAUAAAUCACUGCAUCUAGUUGUUUAAGGUUAACUUAAUCUCCUUGUAUGUACUUAUUUACAUGCAUGUAUAUACAUUGGUUAAUUAGUAUUCUCUAUUAUGCCAAUUGAAUUACCUAGUGGUAAUGCUAACUUUUUAUACAGUGACGAAAAUAUAAAGAAAAAUAUGGAAUUUAAUUGGGAAUAAGUUUGCAUAGUGCAAGUUCAUGUUUAAUUUUUCAAGGUAAGUUCAUCUAAAAUUUAAAAUUUUACAUUGAGAUAAUAUUUGUGUUUUUGAUAGAAAGUGACGUUAACUAAAGAUGAAGACAUUUCUGACAUUUACGAAACAAUUUGAAGAUGUAUAUCGUACAAUGUUGAUGUCAUCUUGUUAUCGGUUUUAAACAAUGCUUUUUUUAUAUAAACAGAUGACAGAUUUAUUUCAUGAACAAACUUAUACAAAUGGAAUUCUUAAAAAUUAAUCAGAAGCUCUGUUUCCUAAGUAGGUUAAUCUGUAUUUUAGGAUAAACAGUGCCCAUGUUUAAUUGACAUGUACUUCAAGUGUAGUCUUGGCCAAGACUUAAAGGCUGACAGGCUUAACUUCUGUCUUUGUUGUAGUAUCUUCGAACACAGAAAUUUAGCCUACACAUUUAAAUUUGAUAUAAGUGGGAUUUAACGAUACCUAUUUUAAAACUACAAAAACAUAAUAUGCGCUUUAAGCUUAUCACAAAUUUAUAGGCUUUUAAACAUUGGAUUUCUAUAACACGAAAUGUCUUUAACUUUUAAGAAUGUUACAUUAAAAUUCAUAAAAUGAACUUGCAAAAUAGGUCAUUGCCAACAAUGCCAUGUUUACUUUUAUCUUAUCUCUAUGCCUACAACAUACAUGGCUGUUGUUUGCAAAUAUGGUUGACAGUUUCAUUUGCGAUAUUAAUGAAAGAGAUGCAAGAUAAGGCAUCAUAUGCAAAAUUCAUGUUCCAAUGAUCAAAUGUAAGAACAUUUUCUUCCAGUGUAGUGUGGGACGUUAUUUGUUAAUCUUUGUCAUAAGUUGAGUUAGCAAAGAUGGUGCAUUCCCAUUUGUUCCUGCUCCAUGGGAUGAGAAGCAUGAGGUGGGGACAAAGAAAUAUUUUUCUAUCUGUCCCUGCUGAAAACAAAUGGGAAGAGCUUCAAAAAUAUGUUUACACUUUCGCACCUGGCUCCUUUGUAAUAAAGUGAAAUAUGUAAACAUAUGUUGACUGUCCCUGGAAUUUGUAUUAUAAAAAGUGUGUUUUUGUGACAUGUAAAUACAUAUUUUAACCUUUUAUAAGGGCAUCAGAAAUUAUGCAAAAUUGAACCCUAUCCCUUUGAAACAAAGUUCAAAAUCAUGUGGGAAAUAUAUUCCCUCUGCCUUAUGAAGGCUUAAAAUAGUUUAAUUGAACUAAAAGCAUUCAUUUGGUGAUACAGAUCUAGCUAGGGCAUGAAAAAAUAGGAUUGUGUACUCCCAUUUGUUCCCAGUAAGGUUGGAUGGUAAUAUUUGUGCCAUUCUCAAUCAGAAAGGUACUUAUUGUCGGUUGUCAAUAAGGCGCUAUUUCCAUAUAGCUUUAAUUUGAAAUCAACCUUAUCGACAACCGACAAUGUGGUACCUAUUGGUUGAAAACGUCACAUUUUUUCUCAGUUCCCUUUUUGAUCUGUGUGAUAUGAGACCUUCUGGAAAUGAGAUCUUUGAAGACUGAUGCAUUUACACCUUCAUUCUGUAUAGAUCCAAGAUGGAUCUAUAGGGAAUAAUUGCAUUUACAUAAUGACUUUUGCCAAUUUUACUGAACAACACAUUGAUUGGAUAUUACUUUAGAUUGUUGAUCUGAGAUAAAUAUAUUAAUGUAUACAGUGGACUGGAAUAACCUGAGAUAUUCUAGCGGUGCCGGUAGCGGAACUAAUGCCAUCGUAAAGUUCAGAAUUCAGAUAAAACUCAAUUUUGUAUCUGUUACUUAUACCAAGUUGUACACUACACUACAUAGUAUCGUAGUGGGGAAUAAUUUUGUCGAGAUUGAUAUUUGUUAUAAUCUGUGGGGUUAUUCCCGUUCACAAUGUAUAAUAUGAAUAAAAUUUAUAUUUUUAAGCUUAAUAUUUCCUUUAAUAUGGGAUUACUUAUUGCUAUCAGGGUUUUUCCUACUUUUGUUAAAAAAAUCCAUUGUAAAAUUGAAGUACUUAAACAUUAAGCAACUAAAAUCUUUGCCUAUUAUGUGCCUAAAUUUAUAUUUAAAAUUAGUAUCAACGUUAAGGCAUUAUCAUUGGUGAUAAGAAUUAGAUAAUCCCUGAAUUUUAACUCAUAAUAAUAGAAUUACAUUAUUCUAGGUGGGGAAAGUUGAUUUUAUGGGUCGAAAAAGAGUUAUAGCAAUAUCUAUUCUAAAACUAGCUGGUUACAAUCCUUUGUCAUUGUACAGUGAAGGUAUUAAAUAUCGACACGGAUAAAGUGGGAAAAAUAUGUACGCACUACCUUAAUGUAUGGGCAAUAAUAAUUGGUUGUGCAUAUAUAAUUUUGGCACUUUAUCCAUGUCGAUAUUUAAUACCUUGACUGAAUAGUCGCCAUCACAAGUAUCUGUACUAAUCAGGGUGCUCGAAAAUAUCUGAAUAUGAUACACCUUUUUUACAGUCUAGUUCAGAUAUUUCAGAGCACCUUGUUUGCUCAAAUUUUAUUUACAUUAAGAAAGUGGUGCCUUGAUAAUAUAAUUUUGUACUUAUUUCUAGAAGUCUUCAAUGUUUAAAGAUAAAAAGGCAAGGAAAUUAAUCUCUUGUUGCGUGUCUAGUCGAGCCAGAAAAACUUAAUGCAUCAAAACAAGGAGAAAUAGUAUGAUCUCUCCAGGACUAUGUAUUACACCAAAAUUAUACACAUUUUUCAUGGGUA